AUGCCCGUAUCGUUUAUGUUAAUUAUGUUCAGUUUAGCCAUGUUUUUUGGCUCAUAUCUAUCCGGUCUUAUUCCACUUGCAUUUAAUCUAUCUGAAACUAAAAUGCGUUAUGUCACUGUACUUGGUGCAGGUCUUUUAGUUGGUACAGCACUUGCUGUAAUCAUUCCUGAAGGUGUUCAUGCUUUAUAUGUAAAUGAAUUAGACACUACUCAUGGUAAGAUACAAUUGGAUCAAAAAAUUGUUGGUCAAGAUCUUAAUAAUAAAGAUAAAACCAAGGAUAUACCCCAUGAUCAUAAACAUGGAGUUGAACCAUCAACAAAAUUAAGUACAGAUAAACAUUCCGAUGCUACUCAUUCAGCAAUUGGUGUUACUUUAAUUCUUGGUUUUGUAUUUAUGUUAAUUGUUGACAACUUUAGUUCGAAACUUUUUCAUAAUCAUGGAAAUCAAGUUAUUGAUUCAUCUGGUUCAGUAAUUAUAUCAAAACCAAAAGCAACAUGGACAGCUACAUUAGGUCUUGUUGUUCAUGCAGCAGCUGAUGGAAUUGCUUUAGGUGCAGCAUCAGCAACAAGUCGAUUUAAUGUUGAAUUAAUUGUAUUUAUGGCUAUAAUACUUCAUAAAGCUCCAGCUGCUUUUGGUCUUGUUUCAUUUUUAAUAUCUGAUGGUGUUGAUCGUAAACGUAUUCGACGUCAUUUAUUAAUAUUUUCAUUAGCUGCUCCAUUAGUAGCACUUAUUACUUUUGUUUUAUUAAAAAGUGGAAUUCGUGAUGCAUAUUCAGUUGAUUUAACUGGUAUAGCAAUGUUAUUUAGUGCGGGUACAUUUCUUUUUGUUGCUACUGUACAUGUUCUACCUGAAGUUCAAUCUCAUUAUGAUGAUCGACAAUUUCGUGCCAUAGAACUUUUUAUUCUUAUUAUUGGUUGUUGCUUUCCUAUUGUUCUUUCAAUGGGACAUAAACAUUGA